AUGGCAGCACGAUUUGGAACCCGUCCACUACUCAUCCUCGCUCUGCCUCCGGUGGUACUCGGAUACGGCAUCCACAGAGGCCUUAGCACGCUAGAGGCACAAUAUCCCCCUCUCCCUCCUGAAGCAAGAACUAGCAUCGCUCUGCGCACUCCACAGAAUCCCUCAACUCAGUUUUGUGCAUAUACCGAUGUCUACGCGGCUCGUGUCCCAGUCAAAGCACUGCUGCCCCGAGCUCAAGGGACAAAUGACGCUCCUGAUAAGCGCAAAAGUACAAACUGCGAAAUCACUAGCGCGUGGGCACGGGCGUUCAUGGGCAACAAAGUUCUCCGCGCAGAAGGCAGCCUUGUUGGCCUCCUAACUAAAGGAAAGUUUUCUCCUGGGAACACUGGUGAUACACCUGCGGGAUUUACAUCGCCUGAGGCGUCGGGGGAUGCCCGUUCGCUUCUGAAUGGCGUGUUUGUUGUGGAACGGCCACCGUCGGAGGAUGAUAGGGAUGGGUUACUGGUUUCCUGGCGUAUGCCGGAUGAACCCCGCCGGUUCUUUGAGAAGAUUGCACGUUGGGGGUAUCCGUGGCGGUUGAUGUCGGGCGGUCGCCAUGAGUUGAGCGUUUCGGAGCGGUUUGGUGGGGUGGAAGACGAUCAAGGCGAGGGGCCUUUUGUAGAGGUGCGGUUUGCUUGCGCUCAUGACUACGAGAUUGUACCUGAGGAGGGGGAUCUGCGGCAUCAGAAGACGAUUCCCGGUUGGACAGGGAGACUUCAUCGGGGCUAUGCUCGGCUCCUGCUUGAUUGCGCUGUGCGGGAGUUGAGGAGGGAGUAUGAGAAGACUAGAAGCAGGCUCUGA